CAACUGUCGUCCUUAGCCCGGUGCAUCCUAACUGUCCCCCAAAGGCGCAUGGUAUAUUUCAACAAGGGAUAAAAUUGAACUUCUAUACUCAAAACAAGAAGAAGAAGAUCCGAAGAGAUUUCAAAACUCACAAUUAAAACCCUAACUUUGGAUUAACAGGAGCAGCAGCAGAUUAUUGACUUGGAAACUAACUUAAGAUGAUGACGAGGAAGCAGCAAUCUGCAACGAAAACGGCUGCACCACGCAAUUCUGCACCAACUGUAUCAAAUGACGAGGAUCAGUAUGUUGAAUCUUUAAACAACUUGAAGUUGAAAAGGAGAAGUGAGAUUGAGAAAAUUACGAAGACAAAGAUGGAGUUGGAUAAGACUGCUCAGCUGUACCAUGAUCAAUUGACAACGAUAGUGGAGCCUUAUUUCCGGUUCAUGGAAGAGAGUAUCGCACUUAAGGGAGAGAAUGGAAUACUCAGAAGUGAUAUUAAGUCGCUCAAGGAGGAGAAGGUUGAAUUGGAAAGGGAUUCUGACUUCCUCUGUAAGAAGAAUGAUGAACUGGGAUGUAAAAUUAAAGUACUUCUCGUAGAAAUGUCUGCAGUGGAAAAUGAACUAAAAUUACUCAAUACAGAAAGUGAGGAAUUGGCGAAUGAACUUGAUUCUCUAAAGGUAGAGCAGUUUAUACUUGGCGAAGAGAAGUUGAAACUCAUAAGUGAUAUUGAAUCACUCAAUGAGAACAAGGCUGAAUUGGUAAGGGAUGCUGACUUGCUCCAUAAGGAGAAUGAUAAGCUGGGAUGUGAAAAUCAAAUACUUCGCAAAGAAAAGUCAGAAGUGGAAUUGGUGAAUGUUUCGGUGAACGUAGAGAAUGCUACACUUGAAAGAGUGAAGUUGGAACUCAGAAGUGAUAUUGAAUCACUCAAUAAGGAGAAGGAUGAAAUGGAAAAGGAUGCUGACUUGCUUUGCGAGGAAAAUGAUAAACUGGGAUGCAUAAAGGAAAUACUUCGCAGAGAAAAGUCGGAAGUGGAAAAUGAUCUAGAAUUACUCUACAAAAAGAGGGAGCAAUUGGUGAAUGAUCUUGAUUCGCUAAAGGCAGAGAAGGAUGAUCUUGGCGGAAAGGAGUUGAAACUCAGAAGUGAUGUUGAAUCACUCACAAAGAAGAAGACAGAAAUGGAAAGUGAAAUUGAAUCGCUUAGCAGUGAGAAGACCAACUUGGGAAAUAAGACUGAGUUGCUCAACAAAAUGAAUGCGAAAUUGCUUAGUGAUUCUGAAUUUCUCAACAAAGAAAAGUCUGCCGUACAAGGUGAUGUUUGUUUGCUCAACAGAAAGAAGACUAUUCUGGGAAGUGAAAUUGAAUCACUUACCAAUGUGAAGACUAACUUGGGAAAUGAGACUGAGUUGCUCCACGAGGAGAAGACGAAAUUGCAAAGUGAUUUUGAAUUUCUGAACAGAGAAAAGUUUGCCGUACAAGGUGAUAUUUGCUCGCUCAAUGAAAAGAAAACUGCAGUUCAAGGUGAUAUUCGUUCCCUCGAUGAAAAGAAGAAUUCUCUGGAUAGUGAAAUUGAAUCUCUUAGCAAUGAGAAGACUAACUUGGGAAAUGAUACUAAGUUGCUUAACAGUGUGAAGGCUAAAUUGAUAACUGAAACUGAGUUUCUCGCCAAGGAGAAGAUUGAACUAUGGAGUGAUUUUGAAUUUCUCACUGAAGAUAAAACUCAACUAGGAAUGGAUGUUGUGCUGCUCAAGAAAAGAAAGUGUGAAGUGGAAACUGAAUUUGAAUGCCUCCAAGAUGAGAAGAGUAAGCUGCAUGGUGAUAUUGAAUUUUUGAACAAAGAGAAGGCUCAACUAGGAACCGAUUUUGAACUCACCAACAAAGAGAAGGAUAAGUUGCAAAAUGAUAUUGAACUUCUCAUUGAGGAGAAGGAUAAAUUGCAAUCUGAUAUUGAAUUUCUCAAUGAAGAGAAGGCUGAAUUUGUUCGAUCCGUCACUUCUGAGGUUAAUGAAUCUUUUUAUGAACGUGAGAAAACAUUGGCUGAGAAUGAAAGAAUGUGCAUAGAGCUUAAAGAGAUGAACCAAACAUUGGUUGCCAAGGAACAGGUUUAUACUAAGGAGCUUCAGGAAGCUCGCCAAGAACUUAUCAAGAUAAUGCCGCGAAUGGAGUCAGAAAAGGUAACCAGAAAUUUGAUUGGAGUAAAGAGAAUAAGAGGAGGUGAAGUGCUUUGGAUUUUAAAGAGAAGAAGAGAGCUACGCUGAAAGAAGUGAUCAGUUUUCAGUUGAACCGUACAUGAGCCUUAAGUAUUCCUUUAAUUAGGUAAAUGAUAUUCAGCUGCACAGUAAGAGUAUAGUAAUGCUUAUUUUUUGAGAUUUUUUAUUGACACUAAUAAGAUUGUAAAUGUGCGGGAAUGAAUUAGCUGAUGAUUUAAUGGUAGAUGUGGAAGGAUAUAGGGUUGUUAACAGUCCGCUCAGGAUGUUCAACUGAACUUCAGAUUUUGUUAAUGCUUUGAAUUUGAAAUAUAAAACUGCUGCCGACUUGGGCCUUUUA